ACUCCUUUCACUUCUGCACGACUAAACGGUCACUGAUACCGGUAUUCGCACGAACGCGGAUACCAUUACAGUUCUGUGUGCAGUGGAAUUUAUGACAGCACCCUGUGGACCUCAACGUUACUCGUUCAUCACCUUUUAUCUCAGUCAGCACGACUGACAAGACGAAUCGAUAUGCGUCAAGCAAGAGAUAUUAUCCGCGAGGAAUGCGAGAUCCUACAUCUGACAGACAAACAGAUCAGAGAAAUAAUGAGCAGACUCCACAAUGACCUUGUGAAGGGUCUUGGCAAAGAUACACAUGCCAACUCUAUUGUUAAGUGCUGGCUUACUUAUAUACAAGAUUUACCAAAUGGAAAAGAACGCGGUAAAUUUUUGGCUCUGGAUUUGGGUGGAACAAAUUUCCGAGUAUUAAUUAUAAAUCUUGGGGAAAACCAUUUCGAUAUGCAAUCUAAAAUAUACGCCAUACCCAACCAUAUAAUGACUGGUACAGGCGUCGCUUUGUUUGAUCAUAUUGCAGAAUGUCUGGCUAACUUUAUGAAGGAACACCACGUAUACGAGGAACGUUUAGCUCUUGGUUUCACAUUCAGCUUUCCUCUGAAACAAUUGGGUCUCACCAAAGGCAUCUUGCAGCGUUGGACUAAAGGAUUCUCGUGUAGCGGUGUGGUCGGCGAGGAUGUCGUCCAAGGUCUCAAAGACGCCAUCGCACGAAGAGGGGACGUACAGAUAGACAUAUGUGCUAUUUUGAAUGACACUACGGGCACAUUGAUGUCUUGCGCGUGGAAAAACCACAACUGCAAAAUAGGACUUAUCGUUGGUACUGGAAGCAACGCGUGCUAUGUAGAGAAGACCGAGAACUGUGAGUUAUUUGACGGUGAACCGGGCAAAGAUGAACUUUUAAUCAACACCGAAUGGGGUGCUUUCGGUGACGACGGCACUCUAGAUUUUGUUCGUACGGAAUUCGACCGUGAAGUCGAUAGCAACUCCAUCAAUCCUGGCAAACAAAUUCAAGAAAAAAUGAUUUCUGGAAUGUACAUGGGAGAACUUGUAAGGUUAGCUUUAGUGAAGUUCACGAAAAUGGGACUAUUGUUCGGAGGGAGGGGUUCCGAUUUGCUAUUCCAAAGAGGCAGCUUCUACACCAAAUAUGUAUCUGAAAUAGAAUCAGACAAGGCUGGCGACUACACGAGCUGCAUGGAAGUCUUAGAAGAACUUGGAUUAUCUCAUGCCACUGAAGCGGAUAUGGCUGCCGUGAGACACGUAUGCGAAUGCAUAUCUCGGCGUGCUGCUCACUUAGUAUCAGCUGGUAUAGCAACACUACUCAACAAGAUGAACGAGCCACGUGUCACCGUCGGCAUCGAUGGCUCCGUGUACCGUUUCCAUCCACAUUUCCACGCGCUCAUGUGCGAGAAAAUUGCGCAACUGGUCCGACCCGGAAUACAGUUCGAUUUGAUGUUAUCGGAAGAUGGUAGUGGCCGUGGUGCGGCGCUGGUCGCCGCGGUGGCCUGUCGUCAACGGUUGGCGAUGUCGUAAAACGCUUAAUCCUAACUCCAGCGAUCUCCACCGAACGUUAGUGGUCUCUAAGUAGACAAGCUACGGGUCUGUUGUCCAACUCUCCGCUUACUCAUCUUCACUACAUCGUUAAGUAUUAAGCAACCCUGGUAGCUGCAACUAUAGCGAGUACCUGUCGUUUUAAUGUUGCCAUAAUAUGGCAUAUUUUGCACAGUGCGCUGUUUUAGAUGCUUUAAUAGUUUGCUUUUAAGAAUAAAUUUAUAUAUAAAUCACCUCUGUCAUCAAAUUAAAAGUCCCAACUUCUUAAAAUAAUUGGGGUUGCUAUUGUUUAAGUUUUUGUCUGUCUAUUCGAUUAUUGUAUUUAAUACGGUGAUCUCCGCUCUGAAUUGUUUUAGUUAAAAAAAAGAACGUCGGUUCUUUGUAACAAGUUUAUUGCGCUUUUAAAAAAAAUUGAUCUUUG